AUGCCAUCUCCGGAGCCCGAGCCGGCCGCCGCCAUGGCCCCCGAAAAGAAGGACAAGAAGUCCAAACGGGAGAAGGGCGACCACAAGUCCAAGAAGCGGCAUCGAGACGCCGAGGCCCAGCCCGAGGAGGAGCGCAGACACAAGCGGUCCAAGAGCGAAGCCAUUGCCGACGAUGAUACGGAGAACCCGCACGCCGACCGCGCCAGCAGGAAGGAGCAGAAGAGGGAGCGGAGGAAACAGAAGCGACAGUCAGAUGCGCACAACGAGCAGCCGGCGAACGGCGACACAUCCAUGGCCGAUGUACAAGAACCCACAUCGGAACCCGAGACUGGCAAGAAGAGGAAGAAGGACAAGAAGCGACAUCAGACCGAGGGAGCUGCCGACCUCGCAGCCGCCAUCACAACCAGCGCUGCCGCCACCGUAGCCGACCACGAGAAAGAGGCAAAGGCGGACAGGAGGUCGAGGAAACACAGGGACAAGACACGCGAACAAGAUGACGCCGAGGACCCCCCACAGUCGGCCCAGGCGGAAGCCCCCGAAGACAUCGAGGACGAAGAAGCUGCGCAAGCCGAGAAGAAGAGGCGGAAGAAGGAGAAAAAGGACAAGCGCCGCAAGGGUGGGGACGACUCCGCAGAUGUCAACGCCGUGGAUGUCGAUGCUGCUGCUGCCGCCACCACGUCGGCUGGCAAGCCCUUUGGCAAGCUGCCAGAGCAGCCAUAUCCCUUCUUCACCCAGCAGGUGUCGCAGUAUCUACCCCUCUUCCCGAUGGGCAUGAUCGAGCCCGUCGACGGCUACGCGGACCAGCACCUCAAGCCUCUGUUGAAUCAUUACGUGCCAGCAUUCAAGGGCGUGCUCCUGGGAUACCACGACGUCCGCUUGGGAGAGGUACCGGGCAAGGGGUCGCUGACCGAGAACAGUGACAACUCGGACGAGGCCGUGCUGGAGUCGAUCGACGAGUACGCCGUGGCCUUUGGAUGGCUGACUGCCAAGCUUGACCUGUUCAAGCCCUCUCGGGGCGCCUGGAUGGAGGGCUCGGUCAACAUGCAGACCGAAGGCCAUCUGGGCGUCGUGUGCUGGGGCAUGUUCAACGCUUCCAUCGAAGCAGGACGCCUGCCAACAGGAUGGCGAUGGGUCAGUCUACUGGGCCAGGGGCAGUCCAAGGGUAAAGGACGCGAAAAGACGCCCGAGGAAGCCAAGCUGCCAACCCCCGACCCCGCGGACGAGGGUGAUGACGAUGUUAGCCAAUUGCACACGACCGGAUACUGGGUGGACAGUCAAGGACAGCGGGUACGAGGCACGAUGCGCUUCCAGAUCAAGAACUUCGAAGUGGGCGUCAGCGGUGACUAUGGGUACCUCAGUAUUGAGGGCACCAUGCUGGACGAGGACGCCGAGAGACAGAGGGUCGCCGAGGAGCUGGAGAAGCUCAGACGGUGGAAGCUCAAGCAUGGGCUGUCACGAAAGGAGCAGAAACGGCUGCCGGACUUUAGCAUGACCAAGUUCGGCAUGGACGAGGAGCAGGAAGACGAGAGCCAGCGAGCCGAUAUCUGGAAGGGGAGCCGCCCGGCCAGCGAAACAGCAGAAUGA